CGCCGGGUGUGAAGGGGGCAGGCUUGGGCUGCUCCCGGCUCCCUCCCCUCUUCCCAUUUGCGUCCUCUCUCGCGGCUCCCGCGUUGCAUCAUCUCCAGCUCGCGGCUGCUGUGGGAAGGUUGGGCGCGGCGCGAACCACUCAGGCCGGGGCUCCAGCCUGCUUUCUCUCCCCUGCCUCUCCUGGCCCUUUCCCCACCUGCUUCUGCACCCGCGCCGGGAGCUCCCCGCGGGCCGGCUUAACCCGCGAGGUACAGCCGGCGGACGCACUGCCAGAUCCGUUCAUUGAGAUUCCCAGCUUAUCCCCGAGCCAAGUCCCCCGCCUCCUUCAGCUUGGGGCCGCGGGCAGCGCCAUGGAGAAGAGUAGCGAAACCAACGGCUACCUGGACGGCUCCCAGGCGGGGCCUGCAGCAGGGCCUGGCGCGCCGGGAUCCGCGGCAGGACGCGCGCGGCGCUGCGCGGGCUUCCUACAGCGGCACGCGCUGGUGCUGCUCACGGUGUCGGGAGUGGUGGCGGGCGCCGGACUGGGCGCAGCGCUGCGCGGGCUUGGCCUCACCCGCACGCAAGUCGCCUACCUGUCCUUCCCCGGCGAGAUGCUGCUCCGCAUGCUGCGCAUGAUCAUCCUGCCGCUGGUUGUCUGCAGCCUGGUGUCGGGCGCCGCCUCCCUCGACGCCAGCUCUCUCGGGCGCCUGGGCGGCAUCGCCAUCGCCUACUUCGGCCUCACCACGCUUGGCGCCUCGGCGCUCGCCGUCGCUUUGGCGUUCAUCAUCAAGCCCGGCUCUGGCGCACAGACCCUCCAGUCCAGCGACCUGGGGCUGGAGGAGUCGGGGUCCCCUCCGGUCCCCAAAGAGACAGUGGACUCUUUCCUCGACCUGGCCAGAAACCUGUUUCCCUCAAACCUUGUGGUUGCCGCUUUCCGUACGUAUGCAACUGAUUAUAGAGAGGUGAUCCACAAUACCAGCUCUGGAAAUAUAACCCGUGAGAAGAUCCCCAUUGGCACCGAGAUCGAAGGGAUGAACAUUUUAGGAUUGGUCCUCUUUGCACUGGUGUUAGGAGUGGCCCUAAAGAAACUUGGCUCUGAAGGAGAAGAGCUCAUCCGUUUCUUUAAUGCCUUCAACGAGGCGACGAUGGUGCUGGUGUCAUGGAUUAUGUGGUAUGUACCUGUGGGCAUCAUGUUCCUGGUUGGAAGCAAGAUUUUGGAAAUGAAGGACAUCAUCGUGCUGGUGACCAGCCUUGGAAAAUAUAUCUUCACAUCUAUAUUGGGCCAUUUUAUUCAUGGAGGAAUUGUUCUUCCACUUAUUUAUUUUGUUUUCACACGAAAAAACCCAUUCAGGUUCCUCCUGGGCCUCCUCACACCAUUUGCAACAGCGUUUGCCACCUGCUCCAGCUCAGCAACCCUCCCCUCCAUGAUGAAGUGCAUUGAGGAAAACAACGGUGUGGACAAGAGGAUCAGCAGGUUCAUCCUCCCCAUCGGGGCCACUGUGAACAUGGAUGGGGCAGCCAUCUUCCAGUGUGUGGCCGCGGUGUUUAUUGCCCAGCUCAACAACAUCGAGCUGAAGGCAGGACAGAUUUUCACGAUUCUAGUGACAGCCACAGCAUCCAGUGUCGGGGCAGCAGGCGUACCAGCUGGAGGGGUCCUCACCAUCGCCAUUAUCCUGGAGGCCAUCGGCCUGCCCACUCAUGACCUUUCUCUGAUCCUGGCUGUGGACUGGAUUGUGGACCGCACCACCACGGUGGUGAACGUGGAAGGGGACGCGCUGGGCGCCGGCAUUCUCCACCACCUCAAUCAGAAGGCCGGGAAGCCAGGCGAGCAGGAGCUGAGCGAAGUGAAGGUGGAGGCUGUCCCCAACUGCAAAUCGGAGGAGGAGACGUCGCCUCUGGUGACACACCAGAACCCCGCCGGCCCCGCAGCCAGCGCCCCCGAGCUGGAAUCCAAGGAGUCGGUUCUGUGAGGGGGCUGGCCCCGGGCGUGCCCGCCGGCGGUGGCGCCCCGCCGUGUGAGGGCGGCCAGGGGGCGCGGGCCUCCUGCUCACCAACUUUUAGGCCCGUGCAAUGCUUUGGCCCGGUCAAGGGUUCGAGGAUUAUGUUUCCGUGCAGGCAUCGCGCUUCCCAGCGGGAACUGGUUACCGGAGACCGGGGCGCUCUGCCAUAUGGCUUGAUCCGUGUACAGGUGCAACUGUGUGUGCUUUGGAAACCCGUCCUGGAGCUGCAGGCUGGAGGCAGAUCGGGCUCCCCGGGACGGGGUAGUUGCGGCCUGGAAGAACGCACAGGUGCCCUUCACUGCGCGCAGGCAGCUCUGCCCUGCGGUCUUUCGGGGCAAACUAGGGGUUUUACAGUCCUCUGUCAUGCAGCCUCGUGAGCCAGAGUGAUUGGAAAAAUUCCCAAAUUCUUA